AUGGCUGCCACCGCUGGGUUGCCUCUAUCAAUCGGGUACGAGGAGGAUCGCUCGGUCCUCCUCUUGACCGAUUCCGACGAGGAGGACUUGACACCACCAGUCCGAAGUGCUCGCCGUGUGCCGACGGAGUCGCAAGAUGCCAUCCGCCGGAAAACCGAGGCCGCCGCUGCCAAUGUGCCUCUGCAUCCGAUCCCGGCAAUGCAAGCUGCCUUCUCGGAGUCCCUCGUGGAAGCGACGAACCAAGCAACGGGUGGCAAGCCGAAGUUCAAGAACGGCAACGCCAAAGAACGCCGGAGCGUGCUGCUGGAAGGAGCGAAGGGCGCAAGACUCGAAACCGAUCUCUGGAGAUACCGGCCAGGCCAACGACAUCACGAGCUAUGGAAGCUCCUGGCACAGAUCUCCUUCGGGGUCUACUUACUCCUAGGUGGGAUUGCUAACAGCAACGAGCAAGUUGUCACUAUUCUGCAAGGCCACAUCGACGAGGUCGACGAGUUUCUGGAGACAACCAUGGAAGAUGUGCAUCUCGCCAUCAAGGACGUCAAGGAGAGAAUCGAUUUCCUCAAGCUGCCCAUGGCCAACAUGGCAACGUUCGAACGAAUGCUCGAGGACCGCAACUUCCGCCUGCAGAUUGUCAAUGGCAACGAAAAGAUCGAGCACAUCGUGUCGAGGACGACCAAGGCCUUAGACGGGACGUUGGACGACAUUGAAGAGGGACUCAAAGCCGUCAAGGAGUUUGCCAUUUACCUCGGGCAUGAAAAGGAUAGCGCAUGGCGACAAGAACGACCCGACAUUGUGGAGAUAUAUGACGCCAUGACAGGGAAUGCCGAGGGCUGGUGGAAGGCUCUUACUGAGCUGCAAGAGUCGACUGCAAUCCUGGACGGACUGCUGGUCGGUCUUAGUCGCAUGGUGGCAGAAAUGGACCAGCGCGCGGGUGAAGUGAGUAGGCGCACAAGGUUCAGCGUCGCACCCUACUCUGAACCAUCAGAGUCAGUCCCUUCGAAACACAGCUCCGUUAGGUCGCCGCAAGCUUCGGCGAGGAGGACAUCCGAUAUAACAUCAGCCAGAGUGGUCUCCGAGGGAGCCUCUAGCCGUAGCUCAGCAGUCCAAUCCCGAUCGGGCUCCCAGCAGCGUCUAGAUCGAAGCUCCACUCAAGGCUCCCAACGAAGCUCGCACAGCAGUGGCUCAUCCGUAGGUGGCAUUCUUCUGCAGCCCACGGUAUUCCAGCCUUCCAUGGUGGACCACGAAAGAGCUGUUACAAGUCCGAGGGAAGAACAGAAAUCACGAGAACCGCUGGCUAUUGUCGACGAGAAUGUGAGCCUGGAAAUUGACAUUAUCGAAGAAGACGAUGAUGACGAUGCGGCCAGCCAGGUUGAAGAAGGUCUUUUCAUCCUACAGCCCCGUACUUACACUCCUCAACCUCCUGAGCCCUUGCCCUCGCCUAUGAUCCAGAACCCUGUGACGCCGAAGACCGAGGAAUUUGCUGUCAAACGCACUUCGCUACGUCAAAGGGUUUCUCUCAAAGGUGGCAAUGUGCCAAACAAAAUCCAGGUUGCCACCGGACCUCGGCAUGCCGUGUCGGUAGAGGUGUUGCGCACCGAGAGGAGGUCGGAGAUCAGGACCUCAGAAAUCAAAACGGCCGAUUUCAGGGCUCCCGAAUACAGAGCGGCGGAUGAACGUCAGAGUUCCGCUUAUCUUUCCCCCACCGUCUAUCGGCCAGAGUCUCAACAAAGGCCAGACUCAGCGCAUGCGGCUAGCCACGGACGUCGUUCGCGCAACGAUUCUGAGUCCACUCUUGGCACAGAAGCCUACCGCCAUAGCAACGUGGACACGAUGCCGUCGCCACACUCGGAGAGACAAUAUUACCGGCCAGUACAAGCCAGCCCUCACUCUCCACUACAGCAACGCCCUUGGACUUCGACUGGGCCAACCGUUGCACAUCACCAGCACGGUCUGAGCACUAGCACAAGCAGCAGUCACCGCCAACAACAUUCACGCAACCAACCUUCUAGGAUGGGCAUGAGCAUGCUAAGUAAUGUCACAACGCAUACCCAGCAAACCGAAAAGGUUGUGAAGAAGAAGCGUAGCGCUUUUGGCUGGCUCAAAAAGGCAUUUGCCCUCGACGAAAGUGAGCGUGCAGAGUUUGAAGCACGAAAAAACCAGCAGUUCGAUCACGACCAAUAUCAGCAAGAACAGCGUAGCCGGAAGUUCCUCGACGGCAAGCGACUGCCUGACCAUCAGCGGUACCAAAAUUAUUGA